CUUCUGCUGAGCUUGAUGAUAAGCUGAUCAUUUGAAUCACAUGUGUUGGAAGAGGGAAACAUCUAAAACAUGCAGGAUAGUGGCCCUCCAGGAACUGAGUUUGACACCCCUGUCCUAGGGUUUCAAUAGGGUCCUUCGGCACCGACGGUGCUCGGACCCUAAUGAGUUGAAUUGGACCUUUAAAGAUAUGUCCACUGACAAAAACAGCUGAAUUGGUUAUAACCCAGUUCAUAGAGCAGGUAAAAUAAUUCAGAGACAUGAGGAGCAUUGUUAUUUUAUUAUGAGUGUUUGACAGAGAUCACAACAACGAGACAUUUAAACUGGGAAAUGCAUCUUCAUUAAGCAGCAUGGCAGUUGUAGUUGGCUGUGUAAGGAUGGGAGGGCUCUCAGGAAAUCCUGAUAAAAGUCAUCAGGGAGUAGAGGAAUGUGAGGUCAGAUAGAGCGAGUGACGACAACUGGAGUUUUAAUUUUAGAACGGCUUUCUAGUUUCCUCUCACUACUUGAGCUAAAGUUCAUUUCAAGUGUAACAGUUAAAUAAGUUAGCAUUAGUAUAGCAUUACUAAAGAGGCAAAUAACUAUCUGGUAUUAAAAGAUACAAUGAAGUAAUGGUCUUGUGUUAAACAUGGACUGAAGUCAAACUUCCUCUGUUUGUGUUAGAGUCCAAGCUUCUUUGUUCUGUGUUUUCACAGCCAGUCCAGCUGCAUAUUUAUCUAAGAGCAUGUGAGUCCCCCACUUUGAAACUGUACUUACAGACAACGAGUCACCUCCCCAUCACAGUGGAAAAGCGAAAAUGCAAAUUCCAAAUAUUUAGAAACGAUAUUUUUACUCUUCCAAGGAGGUGGAGCUGAAUGACAGUCAGCAUUGGUUUGUCUGUUAGCAGCAUCAGUCAAAAACAAAUUGGCGGAUUUGGAUUAAAUUUUCAGGGAAGGUAAAAAAUGACACAAGGACCGAGUGAUUAGAUUUUUGUUUUUAUUUUUGUCUAUAUGUUUUUUGUUUACUUUGACGUCUGCUGCUGCCUCUCUUGGCCAGGUCACCCUUGUGAAAGAGGUCUCGAUCUCAGUGGGUCUUUAUCUGGUUAAAUAAAUACAUUUAAAAACCUGCCAUGCCCCUAAUUAUGCAUAACUCUGGGCCUCCAAACAAUUUAAACAGGUGAGAUAUAUUAAAAUUUACCCCUUGUGCAGUUGUCAUAAACGGGGAAAUUAGCUGCAGAGACCACACCAGUUUUGUGUAGCAGUCUGUGAACAUGUAUUUCUGCUGUAAAGUUUCACAUUUUGACACUGGGAUUCUAUGAGGAUUCUCUCAAUCUUAAUGCCUCUGGUCGCCAACUGAGAAACUUCAGUUUUUAACGCUCGGGUGUGGCUUCAUGUUUUAGCCCCUGUUUUAGCCUCUUAGUUGUUUCUUACACACAGUACAGUACAGUUCUCAUCUGUCCUGGUGCACUGUGGCAGACAUCAAGCUAGGUAUAAGCAGCGUAUUUGGAAUGAACUUUUACUUUUUAAUAUAUGGGGCAGACUCACUUCGAUCAUGUAAUAUUUAUUAUAAACGAACUGAGAGUGUGUGGGGAGAGGAUGUGUGAACUGGGACGUCCUCCGGAAACUGACCUGCUCUCCUCCCUGUGAAAGUGGCUGGUCGAGUAAAUUCUGUACUAUUCCACACUUUCACUUUGACGGCCUUUGAUGACCUGACUGUUUAAAAAAAAAAAAGUGAGAGGAUGUGUGGUGUAGAAACAGGAUGCCCUGCCAACAUUGUUCUCUUUUAACAGAAAAGCAAGAAAGGAAACGUACAUGAGCCUUCAUUCUCUGAGCAGCUUUGGAUUUCGUGUUUGGCAGUUUUCGUUUACAAGCAGUUUUUUAUAUUUAUUUAUAUUAAAACAGCUAGAAAGGAAGAAUGCUUUUUCAUUUUAUUCUCAUGGUUGUUUCCCUGAUGACUUUUCUGCACAACCACCAUGUGUCCGGCAGUGAUGCAAACUGUGCAUACAAGCCUGUAUUCACUCCAUCCAGACUGGUAGUGAAGUACGGUGACCCGACCUCUGCUACAUGCGUUGCAUGUGUGGGUGUAUGUAACAAACAUUUUGGUUUGGAGAAACCAGUGGGAGACGUCACAGUAAACGGAACUACGCUGUCAUGGACGGUUGGCAGAUUGACAGAGUGGAAUGCGUCUCCCAUGUGCUUUUAUAAUACUGAGUCUGGUGACCAGUGCUUUACCGUCCUGCCUGUAACUGUCUACCAGCCUCCAGAAAAUGUGUCCAUCAGCUUUGAAAAUCACGCCGGGCCGAUGUUUGAGCACAACCAGUACACUCUGGAGUGUACCGUAGAGAACGUAGCUCCUGCUGGGAACCUCACCGUGACCUUCUUCAGAGGACGGACAGAACUGAGCCGCCAAGAGUACAACAGCAAACAGGACAAACCAGAGAACGUCAGCUUCCCUCUGAAUGUCAACGUCAGCAAAGAAGAUGAUGGAGCCCAGUACUGGUGUGAAGCCAAACUGGAACUGGGACCUGAAGGACCACAGCCUCCUCCAGUGGUGACGUCAGAAAGAAUCACUGCCACAGUCCACUAUGGGCCUCACUUACAGAAGACAGGAAAUCUAGAGCCCAUCAAAAUUACAGAAGGACAGAGUUUACAGCUGAACUGCUCGGCGGUGGGAAACCCCAGCCCCUCCUACGUGUGGACCAUCCCACCAGAUAGUCAGUCCUACCACAGUGUUGUCUUCGAUGCCUCCUUCAGCGUUGUCACAAUCAAAUCUGUCGGUUUUGAGCAUAAAGGACAGUACACCUGUCACGUCAGCAGUGAGGACAGGACAGAGUCUGUAACUUUCACCGUGGAUGUUCAAGGCAACAUCAUCCCAUACAUUAUACUUGGUGUGGUAAUAGCUGCUGUUGUGAUCAUCGUCAUAGUGGUAAUGGUAUACUUUGGGUACUACAGACACAACAGAAUGGGACAGUACAACUUGAAGGACGUAUUCCGUUUGCAUAAACGGCAAGCUGUGCCCCUUGAGGCGUAAUUCAAUGAAGAACGUGGACGGACAAUGUGAAGCUACUGCUUUGACUUCAGCUGCAGAGUUGAAGUCUUACGUCAGAUCAACUUCCCCAGUUUGAGUCUGGUCUCUUUCUUCCGCUCACUUCAUGUUGUUUCUUUUCACAUGGCUUAAAAUGCCAAAAAAAAUGAGAAGAAGUUUCAACUUGUGGAUCCUAAAUGCUGAGUGGAACAAGUCAUUUCCACCUGCACCAAACUGCUGUGUCUGCAGAAGGUUCAGUUUACCGCAAAGAGAAACUUACCUGUUGUACAAACACUUCAUUUUUAAGCCAUCGAUUGGAAGUGUUUGUGAGAUGUCCAAAGCUCAGAUUAUUCCAUUAUUACAGAAAUUGUAUAUGCUUUGAUAUUUCAUUAUGUAUGCUGGUAAAAGGGCGAAACUCUACGAAAGCAGAUUCACGAACUAACAUCAACAAUGUUUCAGUUUGUCUGUGGCAACUAAGCCCCAUUCAUUCCUAAUGAAGACACACAACUUUAAACAUAUCGCUAGUGUUUUUUAAAAAGACUGUUGUUUCCUAAAACAGCUGGGCGCUGUCGUUUUUCAUAAACUUUGUCUCUACGACAAAAGGAAAAUAAAGUCUCCUAAUAAAAGUAAUUUGUUGAGGACGAUUUUCCACUGGAGGCCUCACUCCUCACAAUAACAGAACAUUAGUGCCACAAUGUGAUGGACAUUACUGGCUUUUAAUAAUUUAGCAAAAGUAAAUAAUUAUAAACAUGUUCUUCAAAAUUUGCCAUAGUUCAGAAGCCACAUGGUUUUUACCUCAGUUCUAUGCCUAUGUGGUACAUUUUACUGAACAUAUUUGUAACUUAUCAAAUUAGGACACAAUAAUUUGUAGACGGUUGCGUGGGUUCUUUAUGGGCCUCUUAUGUUGUGGUGUAAUUAUCUCCUUUUAUUUGUUGAUAACUUAUGCCAUAAAAUCAGAAUAAGCUCAUUUUUUUGAACACGACCAGCCUUGUCCUUCACCUGAAGCACAACUUUGAGUUUGGUACACAGAAAGAGGCCUCAGCUUCAAUGAGUCUGUCUGUGAAGGGAAAAGUGCUGAUUUGUAUUGAUAUUGUCGUAUGUGCUGUGUUUGUAUUUCUGUCACUUCAUUGGUAUGAAGACAUUUCUUGCAAAAAGACUGCAAGACUGAUGUGUGAUGAUCAGAAAGCACAGACAGUCAGAAAUGCGUGUUAAUGCGUGUUGUCCAUACAAAUAAUUAAAUGAGAAAUAAACUACAUAAAUACGUAAAUAUAAAACACUGCUGUUUGAAAUACAUUACUGGAUGUGAAGUGUGGACGGACAUGCUUUUAAGGUCUGUUCAGUAUUAUGAGAGCUUGUUUAAUGAUAACUUAUUUAUUCCAUUCUCUAAAGACGGGCUUUUUGUGUAAAUUGAUAUGUCAGACUGAAGAGUGACAGAACUCUGAAAGUUAACAAAUCUCCAUCUGUGCAACUGAUUUUCUGACUGAAACAGCAAAAUGAAACUUUUUCUUACAACAAAAAUGUUUGUUUUGGGAAAUGCCAACCUAAAUUUAUGUUGAUGAAUCAGUUGGCAGUUUGGCAUAAACAUCCAGUGAAGGCGCUAUGUAGUUAAAUGUGAUUUACUGCAUCUUCCUGUUUUUAUCAAAUGUGUUUCUGCAAAGAAUGUUAUAGGUUUAUUUUGAGGUGUGCUGGAAAUAUAACACUUAAUGUUCAGAUGUGAAAGUUCUCACGCUCAGCUUCAUAGUUUGCAUGUGAAACCACUGAAAGCAUGAAAAAGACUUUACUCCAAUCCACAGCUAGUGGCUCAGCAAUAGCUAUGUGUGCACAUUUGUUGUUUGUGCCUGUGUUAGGUUAUAUUGUGGUGCUGGCUGAGUGUUAGUGAAAAAGAGGAACUAGACAAGCAAAAACUAUUGGCGUGCACACUGGAACUUCAGUAAAGAAUACUAGCUUUUAUAAUAUUUGUUGUCACAAUGUGAAUAAAUGACCAUUACAUACAAAAACGA